CCGCCUCCGGCCCCGUGCGCAGGCUCCACAGGACCAAGCCGGUGCUCACGUGCUACCACUGGCAGAGCUUCCACAAGGAGGACGUUCUGAGCAUGGCCAAGUACCAGAACCAGUUCCUUGGGACCUCUUCCUACAACGGGGACAUCCUCUUCUGGAACGUCAACAUGUUCAAGCCCAUCCUUAAUUUCAACGCCUCUGUGAGCCCCUUGCCUUUGCAGCCCAAGAAGGCCCAAGAAGUGGACAACUUCCUGGCCGAGGGCCUCCGGGCCGGCAAGUUCUGCAUGGAGAACCAGGAGUGGGCGUACAAACCGCCAGUGCAGCCCCCAGGCCCCAGAGGCAGGACGGUGGCCAACGCUAACCUGCAACGGAACCUGAUGUCAGCCCCCCCGGUGAUGAAGCACCCCAGAGACAGGCAGCCAGAGAGACUCGCACCCCCGCAGAAAACUGUCUGCUUUGGAACCCCCAAGCUGUUAAGAAAACCCUAUGGCAAACAGUCAAUCAUCAGAGAUACUCAAAGAGAGGAGUUCCAGAAGAUACUGCUGCAAUCCAAUGCAUCAGUGGAGAAGGUGGGCCACGCUCAGGCAGGGUCUGGGCGUGAACAGUGGGGAUGGGCUGGGAAGGGUAGGGCUGGUGAGCCUGGGGGGCCAGCCUCUUCUCCCCAGGCCCUGGAGAGGCAUGGUACAGGUGAAGGUCGCACUCAGUAUUCUGUCUUCAGGGCUGCUGUGUGUGGGGGAAGCUCCUUGGGUGUGUGUGGGGGGCUGUCGAGGGUCCCCUCCUGGUUGGGAGAUAGGAGAAGCAGCAUUGCCAGAAACCGCUGUUAAAAUGCCCUUCUGUGCUCUGGUAGGGUGUGUUUUGUUUUUGUUUUGUUUUUUUAAAUAUUUUAU